AUGGACUUUGGCGAUUAUUUUGUGAGAGUUGAUAGCAGAAGGCUACUUGCCUGUAUAGUGGAGUACAGAGAUGACAUAUUUGUCAUCAACAAGAAAGCCAUGAUGGAGCUCCUCGGACUUGGCACCCGAGGAGCUGAGGCGUCACCGCCUCAAGAGGCGGUGAUGCCUCGAGAGGCGGCGACGCCAGAGGCGUCGAAGACGUUGCUGAAGGAAAUUCCCACGAACACCGUCCGACUGAGGAGGAGGUGGUGGCGUGAGCGGGCGCCGGCGGCGAUCCCCCUUGCCAAGGGGGAUCAGGCGCCAACGCGCAAGCGCACUGCCCCGCUUGCGCUGCCGGCGCCCAAACGCCCCCUCCAAAGAACGGGCCGAAGGAAGGACUCGCAAUGGUGCCAGAAGAAGAAGAUCAGUGCAGCAUCGCGUAGAUAUUCCGAGUAUUUUGUGCUGUAUUAA